AGGACAGGAGACACUUAUGGAUGUUGAUGCAGGGUGCUCACAACGGACUUCAUCUCUAAGUAAUUUUGGCUUGAGCCCUUCUAGUUCUUGGCAUGUUGGCUUGAGGUAUCUCGAAGAGCUCACCUUAAAUGGAGUCACUGUGAAGGGAGAACUCAUUGAGCAAUUGCUUGCCAAUUGUCCAGUUUUAGAGCGAUUGACUUUGUUUGAUGCUCGUACUAUGAGUAGGCUUAGAGUUUCUGGCCGAUCAUUGAAGUUGAAAUACUUGCUCAUAGAAUGUUGUGACUAUCUUGACUGUGUUGAGAUUUAUGACACGGACCUCGUGUCGUUCGCUUUCUUGGGACUGCAAAUUACAUUGUGUUUGGACAAGCUCCCCCAGCUGUCUGAGAUGUCUAUUAGAGGAUCUAUGUUGCAGCUUGUGCAUGAGACCUUGUCUCAUCUUUCGAGUCUUUCUUGUCUGCAGGUUCUCAAACUUGAAUUUUUUACUUCACCUGAUGUAAGAGCACUGACCGAUAUUCAUAAGGUUUUCUUCUCUACAAUCUUUAUUGUCUUU